UAGUUAGAAUAUCUGGAGUACCGGCGUGUCCAAUGGCCUCCGAAGUGACAGUCCCGAGCGCAGCUGUCGGCCAGAGGCUGGCGCACAGCAAUGCCUCCACUAGGAGCCUGUGGUUGGUUCUCUGGACAUCAGGGAGUGACAUAGGAAAUCCUGGGGACUUCUAUCUCUAUUGUUUAUUUUCUAUCCCAUUCUAUCCCAUAAAAUUGCCAGCAUACAAGGUGUGCGUAAUGCAAUGGAAACAAUGGACGCGUCCGAGAAGAAUCUAACUCACCCAAAGGACACCGACGUGUUAGAAACGCGCAUACCCGAUAGCAAGGAUACCACUGGGACGCAAGAUGAAUCGAAGUACGUUGAACUGAACGAUUUACUUGAUUUGGAUACAGACGGCACGAAAACUGUCAACGUUUCUGUCACCAGUGAAGGAAGCCAAAUGGCGAUUGACGCGGGCAACUGGGAGUCGAGCGCAGAAGAAGAAACUCCUGGAUACGGAGACAUGGCGAGUAAGAUGACUGAUCAUAUCAACAGUGACACAUUUAAGGAGGUUAUUGUCGCAAAGGAGUGUGCCAAGGGCUAUCUAUCCGGGUUUCUUGGAACUGCCUGCUGCUCCAAGGUUCCUAUUCUGAAUGAAAACAUUAUGGCCAGCACCGAAUCACAACAAGACGUUGGUAAUGGAGCGAACACCCGAGAUUUUACCCCAAAAGAGGACGCAGAAAAUACACCUGUUGAUGAACAAAAUGACAAUGAAGAUUUACAAUACACUGACAUGUUAAGCGAGCAAAGUGAAUCGGACGAUGACGUAAGCUUGGUGCUGUCCGGUGAUUGUGAUGAUUGCGCGCCUUGCAGUGGGAAGGAUGAGUCUCAUUACAUAACCACGCACGAGAUCCAGCUCUCCGAGCUUUCAGAUCACGAUGUCGACUAUGAUAUCGAGCAGGGGUGGGAUGAUAACCAGGUCUACUCUUUUGUCGAUUAUGCUGCUUUUGACGGUGAUGGAACGACGGCAGGGAGAGAGGAGAGGGUGAAAAACAAUCAGGACCUGGCUAAUAGAGGAGCAGCAGUCAGCACUAAGAUGGAAAGUGAUCUCGGUGACGGGGACAAGUGCGCCAUCUCAGAGAAAGGUCUGUCAAAGAACCAAAAGAAUGUUGCAGGGCAGAUCCAGCUGUCAAUCAAAACGACUUCCCGAGUUAUAAAUAAGCCUAGCAACGUCCAAGAAAGUCCAAAUAAUCUUUAUCGUGCCAAGCACGCCGCAGACAUGAGUCGCUAUGUUUUUAGAGGAGCUGGGGAUGCAAAUACGGAGAAAUUCUGUGACAGUGCUAAGUGUUUUAUUGCCUCCCCCGGACGCUUGCACUUUGGUGGCAAAUUAAAAGGGAAAGAUGUUAACGACUAUUCCAGCGGAGCAUCCAGCGCCUUCAGUGAUCUUGACGACGCCGAUAAGGAAGUGCGCAACUUGACUGCCAGAGCGUUCAAGAGUUUAGCAUACCCUUAUUUCGAUGCCAUCAAUUUCAGCACCUCCAGCGAGUCCUCCGCCUCCGAGCUGGGGGUGAAAAGGUGGUCAACUUUUGUUGACCUUAAAUAUGGCAACAUGAACAUGUAUCAGAGACGGGGACCGAAUAAAGGGUCUAAUAAAAGUUCUACGUCAUCCUCUGAAAUUGCUAAGAAUAAAGACAAUAAAGGAUAUAAGGGUUUGGUAUUGGCUAAUACUAAACCGCACCCGAACAAGCUCUUUGCUUUGAAUGGUGCCCUUUCUGGUCACUAUAACCCAUCUUCCGCAGCAAGGAAAUGUGAGUUUACGGGGGAAUUUGGGCAGGGGCACAGUGGGAUUAUUACGCUCACAGAAACAUUAAAUGUUUGUUGUAAUGUCACAUCCGGGAUGUCUGGGAGUGAAAGGCGCUCAAAAUGUGCAAAAAACGCAACAGGAUCACGUUCCACAGAUGACGUUACCAACACAUUGCCAAGCGGCCAGGGGAGUGAGAACAGGAAGCAACCAUGUAAUGUAGGGGAAGCCAUGGAAGACACACACAAGAAAGCAAUAUUAGCCUCGAGCCUUCUUAAAAAUGUAAUUUCUAAGAAAAUGCAGUUUGAGCAGGAGCGUAAAAUGGAGAGGGGGGAGAUAAGCAAGCCCUAUCACGCGCCAUCUCCCUUUCUCAAACAAGAGCCCGAAAUUACGCACAGGGAGAGGACUACACCAAAGGAGUCUAAGGAUUUUCAAAGGCAGAACUCGAAAUACUCAGAGGCGAGCUCUGACCUAGCUAUUGUUUGUGUGGAUGAAUUAGGAGAUUUAGUGGACACCAGCUCAUGCGAUGCCAAAGACGACUGUCGGAGACAAGACAGUUUAAUUAUUGCAUCAGAAACUAAUUUUGAGUCGACAAAUGAAGUAGGAAUCGAUACUAAAAUAGGAGCAUUCGAAGCGUCCAAAAGCACGCUGCUACGAAGUCAAAAUAGCGCAUUCAGAUCCUGGAGGGACGGUGAGCUAGAGCUUCAAAGGGAACAUAAAAACGAUAAAACUCCAGAGGAGAAACCGUCUUCGUCCACCGACAACCAGGGGGAAACGGACUUGUACACCGAUCCAGGCAACAGUAAGCUUACCAAAAUGACACAUUUGCUUGUGCCAAAUAUCCAACUGCUACUAUCCAAUGAGAUAGAAGUUUCAAAACCCCUGCCGACUAUGAAUUAUUUAACCCGCGCGCCCGCGGAUCAAGGAGAGGAAGGUGUGAAGUUGCGCACCAACAACACCCUAUACGUCGCCGAUCCUAGAAGAAUUGUAACAUCUAAAUCUCCGGAAAUUAAAAUCAGUUUACGGAGUGUAAAAGAAAACAAAGGCGACCCGUUCAACGUUGCAAAGCUGGUGCCUCCCAACAUAGGCUGUAACUCAGUGAAACUGAUAAAGCCAGGAGACGAGUCCAAGUGCCAAGCGCUCGCUAAGGCAUUGAAGGGCGAGUCCUCCGAAAAAGUGCCACACUUCACGGUCAGAGACAUACGAGACCACAGGGCCGAGCUGCAAACACAUAUACACAAAGUCAGAGAUGUGCGUAAAUUGGUUAAAAGUUCUUAUCACUUUGUGUCUUUGGAUAAUAACGCUACCGCCGGCGACUUUCACUCAGAUCAGAAACUUUCCAAAAAGGGAUCUUAUAGAAACUCUUCGUCGCUUUCCCCCAUCAAAAUAAAGUAUCAGUCUGUGAAUACCAAUAGCAAUGUGAAUGGGAAGCAAUCUGUAAAUCAAACAGAGAAUUCUAAAUUUCAGCUCAACGAGGAUUCAUUUGAAGUUUUCAGGUCAUCACCCCACCAAGCGGCGGCCAAAAGCGGCAUCCGACGACCGUCAGGGAGAGUGCCAUUAGGCAAUACAAAACAACUGAAAGGUGAUUCGUCCGAAGGCCCCAUUGGACUUCUAAUUGAAACCAGCACAGCUUCUAUAAGACAGGAGAAAACACCGGACAUCAUUGACAAGACAAAACCUGAGUCUAAAUUGUCCAACCUGGCUGCCUUCGAGAAAUUACAGGAUGCAGUCAAAACCAUGGAGCAGUUGUAUGUUUUUGAUAGAAAUGAGUGGAAGAGGAAAUCCGAGCCACCCUCUAUAUUAUCAGACAAUCAUGCGCUCUCUCUCAUAUCCAGCAAGGAGGAUGGGUCAGAGAAGGACGGAGUGAAUGUGGCCAAUGCCAUGGUGGCCAUGCCAACAUUUAACAUGGACAAGCUCAUCUGGAGAGACUCGUACCCAAACUCUGACAAAAUCCCACCUGCGAUGACCACCUCGCCCAGCUGCAAAACGACACCACCCAAGCGAAAGGAGAAAGAGCCCCCGGAGACGUUUUACAUUCCCAUCAGCCGGGAUGUGCCCAAAUCCCUGGCUCAGCCAGGUGGAACACCAGCGGGUACCAAGACUGUGUUUAAUGUCAGCUCCAAGGCUUCAGGAAACCCCACCACGAGUAACAAUAUCAAGGCACCAUCACAGCUACACCAUUUAUCACAAUCACCUUACUGCAAAGGCUUCAGCCCAGUGUCUAAUAAACUUCCAGCAGCUGAGGAACGUGGAGGAGAGAGAGAGAGAGAGAGAGAGGGGGCAAGGGAGAGGGCGAGAGAGAGGGAAAGGGCCAACAGUAUGGAGGCAGACAGGCCAGUCCAGUUCAGCAGUGCCUCUGCCGAGCACGAAAACUGCCUCACUAUCCCCGUCAAGUCUCACGACACCAUCGCCAAGCAAGCCGCCGUGUCUGCCGGCGGUGGCUAUGAGAAUACAGCCAUUUAUACCUUCGCCACCACGGGCGCCAAGAUCCAGACCCAGACGGCCAGCCCACCUGGUCAUGGUGGCGCCCGGAAGCAGGAAGAGACCCGACAGUCCCCACAGAAACGCUCCACCAUCGUCAUGGAUACGAGAGCCCAGGACACGUUAACCGCCACGAUCUACCACAUGCCCAUGGGUCAAAGCAUGGCGUCUGCCCAACUUCAGAUGUACUGCUUCUCCCCGACCAUGGCCCCACAAGCCGUGCCCCACACUCAGAGAAAGAUGCUCUUUGACCCCAGCACAGGGAACUACUACCUGGUGGACACCCCUGUCCAGCCGGCCACCUGCCGCCUCUUCGACCCCGAGACGGGACAGUACGUGGAAGUGCCCAUCUCCCAGCAGCCCAUGCCCCCCGUGCCCAUGUCCAUGCCCCAAAUGCCGCCCGUGCCCAUUUCCAUGCCCAUCUCGCCCUUAGCCCUGAGCCCCAGAUCCUACGGCCCCACCUACACGAUCUACCCAGGUUUCAUGCCCGCCAUUCCCGGCAUGCCCCCCCUGAUCCCCACAAGGAUGCGGUCGCAGCUCUCCAUGCCGUCGGAGCAGGAAGACUCCGGAGACAAAGGCGGUUCCUCCCAGCCAGACUACAUGGAGAGUCCCUACUACAUGGCCAUGGGGUCUGGAAAGUCUCCCCAGGCUGGAGGCUCCAGUAUGGGCCAGGUCCAGCAGCAGGGACGGCCAGGGGUCCAGGGGUUCUCCAAUGGGAAGCAGCCGGUGAUCAGCAUCACCUCCCAGCAGGGGUCCUGCAUCAUCGCCCCGCCUUCCUUCGAUGGGACCACCAUGGGCUUUGUGGUGGAGCAUAGGAGUGACUUUUGAUGUUUCCUGAUGUGUUCUGGAUCGUCCAGUGCCACUAAUCCUAUCGUCUGGACUUUAUAGUUCAUACAUCCAUCACGGUCAUCACAGUCAUCAUGGUUAUUAGUCAUCUCAACAGACAUAGAAUUGUUAUUGCCUCACCCUUCUCUGAAGUAGGUUAACAUCCCCUUCUUCUUAUCGUAACACCUCUGUGUUAAAUUUGGGAGCUUGGUUGACAUUUUUAAUUGUUAAAAAAUAUCCACUGGUUAAAGGGAUAAUUCCGGAGUUUGGCAAUGAGGCCCUUUAUUUACUUCACCAGAAUCAGAUGAAGUCAUAGAUACCAUUGUUAUGUCUCUGUGUCCAGUAUGAAGGAAGUUAGAGGUAGUUUCGCGAACUAAUGCUAACUAGCGUUAGCACAAUGACUGGAAGUCUAUGGGUAUCAUCCUCUAACUUUCUUCAUACUGGAUACAAAUCCCAAGGUAUCCCUUUAAUAAAAGCAUUUUUUUUUACCUA